AAAAAAUUUUUAACCGGAGCGGAAAAACUCGUGAAUCCCCCAUCUUUAACUCUCUUACAUCAUGUGAUUGAAUUUAUGGCCCCCAGAUCAAAGAAAGAAAUCUCUUUAACAAACAAACGGUCACUCAAACCGGUUUCCAUUGAUUCCAUUCACGCCAUGGUUGAUCUCAAUUGGAAAGCUACAGGGAAAGGCCUGGAUAUGAGUUUAUGAACAUGGGUCAUUGAGUAUUGGAAGUAAUAUGAAGGAUUUGUCCUUGUUUCUGUUGAAGAAUUAUCUGGGUUCUAAAAUGAGGAAAGGUUUCAAGCACUUCUGCAAUGGUCCCGAUUCCACUUCCACUCUGAAUCAAACCCACCACCAGGGGAUGAUUUCCGGUCAGGCUGCAGCGGCGUCGUCGUCGUUGGCUUCUGUUUAUUCCCCUUUCAAUUUGGAUAUAGGCGAAAGGCAGCCCACUUUGGAGGAAAUGAUACUGCAAUUGGAGAUGGAAGAGGCGGCUUCCAGAAGGGCAAAAUUUCUCCAUGACGAGGAAAAUUAUGGAGGGGAAAUGGAAAUCAGGCAUCGGAUGUCUUGUGUGAACAGUUCUGACAUUCUGAGAAGUGCAAGAAGCGCGCUGAAUCAGUACCCUCGGUUUUCCCUCGACGGAAAAGAUGCAAUGUACAGAUCUUCUUUCCGGAACAAUAUGUCCCCUGUUGGUGGUAGGAACUCAGGCAGAGGAGGGAUUUAUGGAAAGGGUUCUGAUUAUGGAGGGCAUAAGUUUAGAGGGUUGCCGGCGGUGGUGGCCGGAGAGCGUGUCGUUUGGUGUAGCCCUGGGGUGGUUGCUAAAUUGAUGGGUCUUGAGGCAAUACCGAUUCCGGUUCAGAAAUACAGCAACGGUACUAGUAGGAGGGAUCAUCAUCUCUUGGGGCUAAACCUGAGGAAUCCAGCAGGAAGAACUCUUCAUGAUGAUGAUGGAAUGACUGAAAAAGCUAGACUUGGAUUCGAUCGGAAUGAUUGUCGUGGCGGAAGGAUGAAGGCCGGUGGAGUUGCCGGUGCAUCUGGUUCUUGUUCAAGCUCAAGAGUGCAAGGAUACUCUUACAUGAAGCCAUUAAGGGUGGAUGAUCAUGAUUUCGAGCUUAGAAAUGAAGAAUUGGGAUGGCGAGUAAGGCGUUUUCGCCUUGAUGAUGCUCCUUAAUGUAUUGCUUUAUUUCAGUUAGCAAUGAAUUUGGAUCCAUCUACUUAUUGUACAAGCUGAAUAUUCAGUUUUUUUUCAGACAGGAAGUGAACAAUAUGAACUUGUUUCUAAUUCCACCCUCCUGAAUUGUAAGCAUGCCAAUGUUAUGUAGCAAAGCUUGCAGUUGAAAUUAAAGAUCAG